AUGGAUAACAAGGAAGGGACAGUCGCGCGGUCCGCGCCUGCCUCAUCAGAUGAGUAUAUACCGCCAGAAGAAGCCAAGACAGGCACAUGGAGACUCGUAUGGGAGGAGUUCAAGCAUACCUGCACCACUCGAGACGGCCUCAUUGGAGACUAUGACUACGCAUAUCUCUUCACACCCAACAUCUGGCCAUUCAACAAGAAGUACAAAGACCAUGUGCCCCCGUUUUGGUAUCCCGACGGCAAGAUCCCGCUCUUGCUCAUCUUGAUCCUGGGCAUUCAGCAUGCUCUGACGAUGAUAUCCGGAAUCGUCACACCAGUGCUGGCGAUAUCAAGAGGCGCGUUCUAUCUCGACACCAAGACCGUCGAGUACCUUGUCUCGGCCGCGUUCAUCACCAGCGGUAUCGGAACGCUGAUUCAGAUUACCCGCACGAGGAUUCGGGGUACGCCGUUCUAUAUAGGUGCAGGCAUUCUGAGUGUCAUCGGACCGACUUUCGACAUCAUACCAAUAACGAUGAAGUACACGGCGCCACUUUAUGCUCGCGGCAUUUGUCCUACGAGUGAAAGCGGAACAAAGCUGCCCUGCCCAGACGCGUAUGGCAAGCUGAUCGGGACGAUUCUGGUGUGCGUUUGGAUGCAGUUCCUGGUCUCCUUCAUUCCCCUCAAGAAGAUCUUCCCGCCUAUGGUCACGGGAAACCUAUUGCUGGUCCUGGGCAUUUAUCUCGUUACGACUGCCGGAGAAUCAUGGGGUGGUGGCGCAAGUUGCUUGGACGGCGCAGGGAUCUACAGGCUGUGCCCGAACGUGAAUGCACCGAAACCAUUAUUAUGGGGCGACCCAAAAUUCAUCGGUAUUGGGUUUUCAGUCUUUGUGACCAUCAUCUUGAUCGAGAUAGUCGGCUCGCCACUGAUGAAGAGCGCCAGCAUCAUCUUUGGGUUGGCAGUCGGAAGUGCCAUCACGGGCGCUCUUGGAUACUGGUCAAUUAGCACGAUCAAUCAGGCUCCCGCUGUCACCUUCCUCUGGACGUCAACCUUCAAGCUCGGAGUCGACGGUACGCUCGUCCUGCCGCUAAUGAUACUGUUCAUAUGCGAGGCCAUGGUUUGCAUGCCAUCUAUUGCAGCGACCUCCGAGGCAUCAGGUGUUGAUACGGAAGGUAUCAAAGCCAACACUCGCAUUCAGGGAGGCAUAUUAUGCGACGCCACAGGCAGCUUGAUCGCAGCAUUGGGCUUUACUAUCCCAAUGGUCAGCCAUGCUGGCAACAACGGUGUGAUCGUCGUCACUAGCAAUGCGAGUCGACGUGCGGGCUACUGUGCAUCGGUAAUCAUCAUCUUGAUGGGCGUCUUCGGCAAGUUUGGUGGUGUUUUUGCAGCAAUGCCCUCGGUGGUGCUCGGUGGUAUGCAGACAUUUCUGUACGCCACUAUUGCCAUCUCGGGUAUGCGUAUACUCGCAUCGAUUCCGUGGACACGCAGGAACAGAUUCAUCCUGUCCGCUUCAUUCGGACUCGGCCUGCUCGAUAUUGUCACGCCAGAAUGGUUCAGCCAGGUGCUAGCAUACAGUGGACCGAACGUGCAGCUCAUGGGCUUUCUGGAAGGCGUCAAUCUCAUUGUGGAGACACCAUUCAUCCUGACAAUGCUGGUAGCCGUGCUCCUGAACUUGAUCAUGCCACGGGACAAGAGGGACAGCUUACCAAUUGCGGCGCCUCUCAGUGGGGAGAGCAUUAGCAGUAGCGAAGGAGCGGCUCCCAAGCGAGAGGAAUGA